CGGCAGACUCACUUCCGGCCAGGCCGUUAAGAUGGCGACGCCCAUGCACCGGCUGAUUGCCCGCCGACAAGCGGAGGCAAACAAGCAGCAUGUGAGGUGUCAGAAGUGUUUAGAGUUUGGCCACUGGACCUAUGAAUGUAAAGGGAAGAGAAAAUACCUGCACAGGCCUUCAAGGACAGCUCAGCUGGCCAAAAUCCUUAAGGAGAAAGAAAAGCAGCUCCUGCUGCAACAGAGCACUGCAGAAAGUGCUGCAGAAAAGAAGACCAAGAAAAAAAGGUCCAAGAGUGUGACCAGUUCCAGCAGCAGCAGCAGUGACAGCUCAGCCAGCGACUCCUCCUCCGACAGCGAGGACUCCUCUUCCUCCUCCUCCUCCUCCUCGGACAGUGACAGUGAGGACAGCAACUCCUCCUCCUCCUCCCCCUCCUCCAGCAGCUCUUCCUCCUCCUCCGACUUCGAGUCGGAUUCCAGCUCCUCCAGCAGCAGCAGCAGCAGCAGCACAGACAGCAGCUCUGAGGAUGAGCCCCCAAAGAAGAAGAAGAAGAAAUAGCUGGGGAGGUGCAGGACUGGUGUGGAGUGAGUGACACUGCCCUGCCAGGGCUGGAGCACACGGCUGCCAAGCACUCAGUGGUCAACAUUUCUCCUGCUCCCAUUUCUUAGUGUUCUGCAUAGUUGUUCAUAGGACAUGGAAGGGAUUAAAUGGCACGUGAGACUUAAUGAGAGAGUAUUUUUGUGGUUUAUCCUUUUACGGAAGAUUUUACUUUUUUAGCUCCCAAAAAAAAAAAAAUUCUAUCAUCAGAUUUGUUUAUAAGAGCUAAAGUCCUGUAGCAGCUAAACCUGGAUGUUCACAUGCUGGAAAGCAAAAGCUUUUUUUUUUUUUUUUUGUUGCAGAUUAUGCUGUGCAUCAUGUACUGUUCCUCUGUUAAUGACAGCUUCACUUCCAUUGAGAAAAAUCCUCUAAACUGUUAAAAGCAGAAGUUUUUCAGUGCUGCUGUGGAGCUGUGGCAUUGUUGAACCUGAAUGCACAACGUGUCCCACCCAGAUCCUCCCACCUCGCUGGUGACAAUCGGGUUCUGUGCUGCUGAGCUUGUGUUCCAGUGGCUUUUCCUGAUGCUUCCAGGUGCAGUCCUCACUGCAGCACCCAGCUGAGCUGUGUUGGUUUGUCCCUGUGCUUGUGCUGCCCCGUGUGCUUGGCUGUGUGUUGGAGGUGUUUGCUGAGACACAGGGCUGGUUUGGAGGGCAGCAGCUCGGGGAAUCGGGGCUGCUGCUGCUUCAGGAGUUUCAUCUUUGUGCCUUUUUUUUGUAAAUUCAGUGUACCCCAGAGACAAGGGCUGGAGUGGGUGUUCUGCAGGGCUCCAGCAGAAUAUUCCCAUCUGUUAAAUGGGCAGCAAAACCAGAGAAUUAAUUACAAACACAACUGGGCACUGCUCUCUCUGGAUGCUCAGUAAAACAGAGACUCCCUGAAGUGAAGGUCUCAAAGGAAAGUGUUCCCCUCUGGAUGUGUUUCCCAAGGAAUGUGUGAAUGCAGGAUGGCCAGGCUGUGCUGAGUGGCAAUCUGCAGGAAUCCAGUCAUUCUUUGACUCCAGUCUGCAGGAAUCCAGUCAUUCUUUGACUCCAAUCUGCAGGAAUCCAGUCAUUUUUUGACUCCAGUCUGAAGGAAUCCAGUCCUUCUUUGACUCCAAUCUGCAGGAAUCCAGUCAUUUUUUGACUCCAAUCUGCAGGAAUCCAGUCAUUCUUUGACUCCAAUCUGCAGGAAUCCAGUCAUUCUUUGAUUGUGGGAAUGGUCCUGGAGAAGCAAGUGAGUGCAAACCCCACAAAAGCAGAUCCAAACUCGCUGCAGAACAGGGAUUGCUGGAUGCAGAGUGGGAAUUGUUUGGUUUUCUGGUGGAUUGAAGCAGUUGCUGUUAGUGUUCUAUUUGGUGAUGCAUUCUCCUGAAUUUCUUAUUGUUGGAGUGCCCUUUUGGGGAGGGGGCAUCACUUGUGGAAGAAUUCUCAAGUAUCUUGGUUUAGGUUAAAUACAGUUACUAAACUAUUUUUUAUAUUUUUUAUGGAAAGAGUAGUGUGUAGACUUACUUUGGAAUAAACUGUACUUAUUUAAAUGUUUGAAAAUCCCCAUGAUGUGUGUCUGUCUGACCACUCCUGUGUUUUACAGAACACGCUGCAGGCUGUAAAUAAAACUACCAGAAAGGUGUUCAAGUCUUGUGGAGUGAAUGUGCCAUUCAACGGGAAAGUGAAUCGAUUAUUAAACACUAGUUGCUACCUUGAGGCUUACUGCAAAUAUCUGAAAUAUUUGUGGUGUUUGUGAGCAGGUUUCAGCCGGAGCUGCCCUGGCAUUCCCUCACAGAGGGGCAGGACUGCUCCCCAGGAAGUUCUCCGGCCGG